ACCACUAUUAUGACAGCCAUUGCUUUCACACGCGUGGCCCCCACAUCCCAUGUGCAUGCUCUCAAUUUCACUCUGCUCGAGACCUUCCCCCAACCCCUCUCUCUCUCUCUCUCUCUCUCUUCCCAGAGCUUCUCUGCUUCCAUCUUCCCUGAAUCAACCUCUCUCUCUCCCUCUCUCUUCUCUGUUAAUCCAGUUUUAAGCUAUGCAUCGAAAUCCUUAAGAACCCAUCUGCAUCAACUUCUGAAAGCCCAUCUCUCUCUGUCUUUGUCUCUAUCUCUGUAAAUGAAGAUGACGAAGAAACAGAACGUUGGGUACAAGCUUGUGGCCAUUUUUCUUGCUGGGUUGUCUUCACUUUUCCUCUCUGCAAGCUCUCAAGCAAACCCAACUGAUGACGCUUCGGUAAUGCUAGCUCUCAAGAAGAGCCUCAACCCGCCUGAGUCUCUCGGGUGGUCCGACGACUCGGACCCCUGCGGUACCUGGAAGCACGUGGUCUGCUCCGUCGACAAACGGGUCACCCGGAUCCAAAUCGGGCACCAAGACCUCCAAGGUACACUUCCUCUAACACUCCAAAAACUCACCCAACUCCAGCGCUUAGAGCUUCAGUACAACAACAUCUCUGGCCCUCUUCCUAGCUUGAGCGGCCUAAGCUCAUUGGAAGUGCUUAUGCUUAGUAACAACCAGUUUAGUUUCAUUCCUAGUGAUUUCUUUGCUGGCAUGUCUUCGCUUCAAGCCUUUGAGAUCGAUAAUAACCCACUUUCGGGUUGGGAAAUCCCGGAAAGUCUCCGAAACGCUACGGCGCUUCAGAACUUCUCGGCCAAUUCGGCCAAUAUUUCCGGCAUGAUACCGGAAUUUUUCAGCGCCGAUGUGUUCACGGUUCUGAUUAAUUUGCACUUGUCUUUCAAUAACCUCGAAGGUGGGUUACCUGUGAGCCUUGCUAAAUCGCAAAUUCAGUCCUUCUGGGUUAAUGGGCAGAAAAGCGAUGGUAUGCUUAAUGGCACCAUUGAUGUUAUUCAGAACAUGACUUACUUGACAGAGGUUUGGUUGCAUUCGAAUGCGUUUUCGGGUCCGUUGCCAGAUUUUUCGGGCUUGAAAGACUUGCAGAGCUUGAGUUUGAGAGACAACCGGUUUACCGGCCCUGUGCCAAUAUCAUUGGUGAAUCUCAAAUCGCUAAAGAUUGUGAAUUUGACAAACAAUUUACUUCAAGGACCAAUGCCGGAGUUUUUGAGUGGGGUGGCAGUGGACAUGUCUAAGGACUCGAACAGCUUUUGUUUGCCAAGUCCUGGUGCGUGUGAUUCUAGAGUGGAUACAUUGCUUUUGAUUGUGAAAUCAAUGGGUUACCCGCAAAAGUUUGCAGAGAAUUGGAAGGGGAACGAUCCGUGUGCAGAAUCUGCAGAUUGGGUUGGGAUCAGUUGUAGCAAUGGGAGUAUAACUGUUAUAAAUUUUCAGAAGAUGGGUCUCACGGGUUCAAUUUCUCCUGCAUUUGCUUCGCUUAAAUCGUUGCAAAGACUAGUUCUUGCUGGUAACAAUCUCACCGGUUCGAUUCCGGAGGAGCUUAUUACUCUGCCUGCACUCGUUGAGCUGGAUGUUUCAAGCAAUCAGCUUUAUGGGAAAAUUCCUGCUUUUAAGAGAAAUGUGAUGGUGAAUACUAAUGGUAACCAGGAUAUAGGAAAGGAUAAAAGUAGUUCUUCAUCUCAAGGUGCACCAUCACAGAAUUCAACGAUUCCAUCUACAAGAACUGGCUCUGGAGAUGGUGGCAGUUCUGGACAUAGUGUCAAGAAGAAAUCUUCAUCAUUUAUAGGAGUAAUUGUAUUUUCCGUAGUCGGAGCUGUCUUUGUGAUUUUCUUGAUUGGUUUGUUGGUUUUCUGUCUGAAUAAGAUGAAGCAAAAGCGUUUUAGCAGAGUACAGAGCCCCAAUGCAAUGGUGAUUCAUCCUCGGCAUUCUGGAUCUGAUAAUGAGAGUGUGAAGAUCACAGUUGCAGGCUCAAGUGUUAGUGUUGGUGCAAUCAGUGAGACCCAAACUCUUCCUAGCAGCGAGGCUGGUGACAUACAAAUGGUUGAAGCUGGAAAUAUGGUGAUAUCUAUACAAGUCCUGAGGAAUGUGACUAAUGAUUUCAGCAAAGACAAUAUAUUGGGACAAGGAGGUUUUGGGACAGUCUACAAAGGCGAAUUGCAUGACGGUACAAAAAUCGCAGUAAAGAGAAUGGAGUCUGGGGUAAUAGCUGGGAAGGGAUUGACAGAAUUUAAGUCUGAGAUUGCUGUUUUGACUAAGGUCCGGCACCGGCAUCUUGUCGCCCUUCUCGGGUACUGCUUGGAUGGGAAUGAGAGGCUUCUUGUAUAUGAAUACAUGCCUCAAGGAACACUCAGUAGGCAUCUCUUCAACUGGGCAGAAGAAGGAUUGAAACCACUGGAAUGGACCAAGAGGUUGACCAUUGCCUUGGAUGUGGCUAGGGGUGUUGAGUAUCUCCAUGGUUUGGCCCAUCAAAGCUUUAUUCAUAGGGACUUAAAGCCUUCAAACAUUCUUCUCGGAGAUGAUAUGAGAGCUAAGGUGGCUGAUUUUGGCCUUGUGCGUCUUGCCCCAGAGGGGAAAGGCUCUAUUGAAACAAGAAUUGCUGGAACUUUUGGAUAUUUGGCGCCCGAAUAUGCAGUUACUGGCAGAGUGACAACCAAAGUGGACAUAUAUAGUUUUGGGGUGAUUUUGAUGGAGCUAAUCACAGGAAGAAGAGCACUUGACGAGACCCAGCCAGAGGAGAGCAUGCACCUUGUAACAUGGUUCAAAAGAAUGCACAUCAACAAGGACUUUUUCCGCAAGGCAAUUGAUCCCACAAUCGACCUCAAUGAGGAAACACUUGCCAGUGUCAGCACCGUCGCCGAGUUGGCCGGACACUGCUGUGCAAGAGAACCGUAUCAACGGCCCGACAUGGGUCAUGCUGUCAACGUGCUUUCGUCUCUAGUGGAGCUUUGGAAGCCAAGUGACCAAAAUCCGGAAGACAUAUAUGGCAUUGACCUUGAAAUGUCACUGCCUCAAGCACUCAAGAAGUGGCAAGCUUAUGAAGGUAGAAGCAACAUGGAGUCUUCUUCCUCUUCGCUCCUUCCAAGCUUAGACAACACUCAGACCAGCAUACCAACACGCCCUUAUGGAUUUGCCGAGUCUUUUACAUCUGCUGAUGGGAGAUGAGGAAGAAGUUGUAAAUGAUGUUGAUGCUUUUUUUUUUUUUUUUCCAAAAUUCAUUCUGGGUUUCUUCCUCGCUGUUUUCUGUGUAAACUUUGUUGACCUUUUGAUGUUUUAUCUCUCAUCCCACUGUCAGAUAUUUUUCUUGGAAAUGUGUAGUUUUGUGUAUUCAUCACUUGUUUAGAAGUUUAGGAAAUGAAAUGAGAAGAGAUUCUCAUCUUUAUUGCU